GGUUGAUUGAUUGAUGAGUUUUAGGGUCCUGUAAUCUUUGAACAGUGUUUUACAGAUCAUUUUGGGCAUCAUAAUCAAAUGUCGUGUGAGACAGAAGAAGUGACAGUUGUGAAUCGCUUCCAAGAAGAAAACGGAUUGUAUUGAAAUAUUCCAUUGGAGUUCGCGUUCUCUCCUUCCUCCGAUUUAUGUUAUGCAAUCUCUUCCCAACUCAACACGUUGCGAUCAGCUUUUCGUUCUGCCUCUGCGUCGCCAGGUGUUUUGUCUGAUUGUUCUACCAGCUAUUCUCGCAUUGAUGUGAGAUCUGGUUUGAAGAGUCAUGCAGAGACAAAAUAGUUUCCACUAUCCGUCCAGCCCUAGUGCUCGGCUUCGACACCGUAGGCGAUCAAAUGAGGGGAUUCCGGAGGAUUUGAAGUCAAAUGGAAGCCAUUUACUUGUUAAUGAUAGAAAUAAAUACAAGUCGAUGUUGAUUCGUGCCUAUUCAUCUAUCUGGAUGAUUGGAGGAUUUGCAUUAGCAAUAUACCUUGGACAUCUCUUUAUCAUGGCUAUGGUGGUUGUAAUCCAAAUCUUUAUGGCACGAGAACUCUUCAAUCUACUCAGGAGGACCCAUGAAGAUAGGCAGCUCCCAGGAUUCCGGUCAUUAAACUGGUACUUCUUCUUUACGGCAAUGUUUUUUGUUUAUGGCCGUCUUCUCAGUCAACGGCUUGUCAAUACUGUAACAACAGAUAAAGUUCUGUAUCUGCUUGUUAGCAGCCUUGUCAAGUAUCAAAUGGCCAUUUGUUAUUUCUUGUAUAUUGCAGGUUUUAUGUGGUUCAUUCUUACUUUAAAAAAGAAGAUGUACAAAUAUCAGUUUGGCCAGUAUGCAUGGACACACAUGAUCUUGAUAGUUGUGUUUACACAGUCUUCUUUCACUGUUGCUAACAUCUUCGAAGGAAUCUUCUGGUUUCUUCUUCCAGCAACACUCAUUGUAAUAAAUGAUAUUGCUGCAUACUUUUUUGGAUUUUUCUUUGGAAGAACCCCGUUGAUCAAGAUAUCUCCAAAGAAAACUUGGGAGGGAUUCAUUGGAGCCUCUGUGACAACUAUUAUCUCGGCAUUUAUGCUUGCGCACAUCAUGGGUCGGUUCAGUUGGCUCACAUGUCCAAGAAAGGACCUAUCAACUGGGUGGCUUCACUGUGAUCCAGGUCCCUUGUUCACACCUGAAUAUUAUGCUUUACCUGGAUGGAUUCCUACAUGGUUCCCAUGGAAAGCUGUAACCAUUUUGCGAGUUCAGUGGCAUGCUAUAUGUCUUGGUUUGUUUGCAUCAAUAAUAGCUCCUUUUGGUGGUUUCUUUGCUAGUGGAUUUAAAAGAGCUUUUAAAAUCAAGGAUUUUGGCGAUAGCAUUCCUGGACAUGGUGGAAUCACAGAUAGGAUGGAUUGCCAGAUGGUGAUGGCCGUGUUUUCAUAUAUCUAUCAUCAAUCGUUUGUUGUGUCUCAGGGCAUCACUGUUGAAUCAAUUAUUGAUCAGAUCCUAAUGAACCUUACGUUUGACGAGCAACAACUUCUUUUCACAAAAAUUGGGCAAAUGCUGCAAGACAGGCUGAUUCCACAAUAGUAAGAUCUGUCGUCCUUUUGUAUAUGGUGAUCUAGGAUUAAAGAUUUAAUGCUGACCUGUACAUGGAUAUUGUAUUUGUAAUUUUUUUACCUCCUAUAAUUUAUCUGCAACAAGUCUCGGGAUGAUUUUUUCUCCAUUUUCUUUGUAUAGUUCGUGUGCAUCUUGAUUUGUACAUGAACUCUUUAGGGGGGAGAAACCACGGCCUCUCUUUUCUUAUUUUAGAGCAUGAAUGCAAAUACUACCAUUGGUUGAACAGAAAAUUAUGUGAAAUAAUUUCAGCUGCUUUGCUGAACUGUUUGGUAGAA